UUAUAUAACCAGAUUUUUUUUUAACUAAGCAUUUUGAACUUUAAAUCAGUUUGACUUUAGGAAUAAAAUAAGAACUAAUUUUUAUUACCAAAACUUAAAAUGAAAUUCAAUAUAAUUCUAUUUAGUUUAGUAGGUUGUUUCAAUUAUGCAGUCGGUAGUGGAAGUAGCUCAGCAGUAACCAAUAAUGAACAAAAAAAAACACCACUUUACAACGAAUUAAUAAAUGAUUUGAAAAUGAUAAAUAAUAUUAAUAAGGACAAGGUAAGCGAAGGAUUGAUAGGGGCUGGUCUAUCACGAGAAUCGGUUGUUACAAUAUUAGAAAAUUGUCAAAAUGAAGUAAAUGACGAUACUAUUAUAAAUGAUACACAAUGGUAUGGUUUGAUUAUGACAUUAAUCGAUAAUGAUAGACAAAAGGAAUUAGUUCCCAAGGUAUUAACAAAUAAUUGUUAUGACAAUAUAAGUCAAUGCUUGAUGAAAGCUGGUCUAUCACAAGAUUCGAUUGGUUUUAUAUUAAAUGGAUUUUACAAAGAAGAUGAAAAUAUCAAUUUAAAUGAUUUAUUACGAAAAAUUGAAGAGUCAAAUAAAAUUGUUUGUUAUAAGAAUAAUUAAAGAAAUUUUAAUUUACUUACACAAGGUUUUUUAAUAAUAUUCUUUAUUUUCAAAUAAAUAAAUUUAUAUUAUAAAUAAAUU